CAUAGAAAGGGCGCCUUUUUUAACGGGCUGUUGAAGACUUGAAGCCAACUCCUCGCUUCAAUUGGUGCUUAAAUUUUAGAUUAAUUGGUUGUGAAUUCCGCAGAGAACUGGAAUGGGAUUCGUUUCGCCACACGCCGAUCCUUGUUUCCUUCCCCUGUACAACUCGCCGGCGGCUCCGGCGACCGCCGUCUCCGGGAGUGGACGCACCACCGUCAACGACGUCGCAGUCGCGGGGGAAAGGUCGCCCCCGCUCUGCCUUUUCGGCGACGAAGUCGGUGUCUUCUCCGAACACCUGCAGCAACUAACGCUCGACGUCGAUUGUCUCCUCAGGCAACAUACGGAGAAGGUGAGAGUAGAGGUGGCGGAGCGGUGGGAGCGGCUGAUUCGGAGACUCCUCGCGGCCGUGGAAUCCGGCACGGUGACGCGGCUGAAAGCCAAGGACGAGGAGAUCGCGCGGGUCAGGAAGUUGAACUGCGCGCUGGAGGAGCGCGUCAACAGCCUUUACGCCGAGAACCAGAUGUGGCGAGAGGUGGCCAGGAGCAACGAGGCUGCAGCCAGAUCACUUCGGACCGACCUCGCGCAGGUGCUCGUCGCCGCUCGGGCGAGGGUCGACCAGCUCAGGGCGGCGGCGGCGGACGACGCGGAGUCCUGCUGCUCCGGCGAGGUGAAAUGGGAGGAGGAGGAGGAAGAGGAACUUGGUGGCGCGGAGUGGCGGAUGAGAAGGUGCUGGAGAUGUCGGGCGCGAGAGGCGGCAGUGCUGCUGCUGCCGUGCCGGCAUUUAUGCCUCUGCGCGGCGUGCGCGCCGACGGCGAUCGCGUGCCCUGUUUGCAAUUGCUGCAAAAAUGGCAGCGUUUCUGUAAACUUUUGCUAAUUAAAGUAAUCAUUAAUUUCUGAAA